AAUAGAUUAAGCCCAAUAACGAAAUUUAUGGCCAAUAAUGACGAAAAAUUGUGUCUUUCUCUUGAAUGGUCAAAUAGAAUUAAUUUAAGUUCAUCGUCACCAUCUUCAUCCUCUUCUUCAAUCGUAGUUUCUCAAAGUGAUGGAAGCGUUAUUGUCAUGUCUGUUGAUCAACAAAUUGGAAUUUGUGAAAAGAAUAGAUGGAUUGCACACGAAUUUGAAGCAUGGAUUGCAACUUUUAAUUAUUGGAAUCCAAAUAUUGUUUAUACUGGUAAACUUUUAUAA